GAGGUCCUCUAUAGACUAAGGGAUAUAGGUCUUAACCUAGACCUUAAGAAAUACGCCUUUAUAGUGAAGGAGGUCAAAUACCUAGAGUAUAUUAUAGAGAUAGGAGUCUAUAUUCGCCCCGACUCUAAGAAGAUUAAAGCUAUUUAUAAGUAG